CGGAAUAGUGCUGUAUGUUCUACUAAACAACAAGUUCUGCACAAGUGAUUUAUAAAGUUAAAAGUUUAUAAAGUGAGAGUAAACAAAAUAUUAAAAAUGCCACCUAAAUUGAUGUCCACCAAAUCCAACUAUGGAUAUAAGGAUGCUGUACAGGAGGCACUUUCCGAGGGACUUUCGACGUUGGAUUACCAAAUAUUGUUGGACAAACUGAAUGCCAAUCAGAAGCGAGUGGUUCCAUUUGGCAACACUAGCAAAACUCGUUAUACCUUGCUAAAGUGCUUCCAACGUUUCCAGGCAAAAUCCAAUGAUGUCACUGAUGGAGUCUAUGAGUCUACUGACAUUUCCAUUGAGCCGGCAGACGAAACAUUGAUAGAAGCCAAUUUGAAAUGUUUUCGAAAAGAGUGCCACAGUGGAAAUGAAAGUUUGAAUCGAUCGGUCCUCCUAGUUGACAAUUUGAAUAGCCCACGUGCAAUGUUUUCAAAAUGCAAUUAUGAGGACUGUAAAUUUAAGGUGAUCGAUUUUAAAAAUAUAUAUUCAUUAUUAACUAACCAUUUCUCUGCUUCAAAAACAAUGCGCGCCUUCUCAGACAAAGUCUAG